UCAGUAUCGAAGAGUUUCAGAGACCCGCCAUGGAUCCAUCACCUACGAGCUUCCCAAUCCUCUCCUAUGUCAUGUCUCGCAUCACCUCUGGCCUGUCGGAGCCCUCCUCCGGCACUGGGUCUGGCUCUGAAUCUACCUCCGUCCACAUUGACAUCGAACAACCACCGCUGCCGUUGAUGGAGGAGAUGCCUCAUUUGAAGAACCCACAGCUACUGGCCGCCAUGACCAAAGCCGUGGCCGAGGUCGCUCAGACCAGAUCGGUUCUCAAGGCCCUUGGCGAACGUCCCGACCACGAGGCUGUCGACCUCGCCAAGGCGAAGAUCUCCGAAAUCGAGUUCGAUCUCACCAAGCAGCUUGAAGAGAUCGUUCUUGUCCCUCGUCCCGAGGAUUUAGAUCGCCUGGACUGGAGGACUCAGCUGGCGAAGAAGGAGGAUCAAACCAGACAGGCCGCUGAGAAGGAGAAGGAAGGGUACAAGGCUGUGGUGAAAUUGGAUGAGAUGCACGAGGCUUACGAGAAGCUCUUGAGGGAUGCGGAGGAGAAGUUGGUUAGUAUAUAUCGCUCCGCCACUCUCGAAACGGAGGAUGGAGCGGGCGAGGGGGAUGAGACGCCGCCUCUUGAUGAAGAGGCGAAUGAGGAAGUUAUUAAAAUCUUGCAAGAGGCGUCAGGCAAGGAAUUGGAUAGGAUUGAUCUUAAGGGGCGUCUAUUGAGGUUUCUCCCUGAGGAAUUUGGAAAAAUUCGGGGCUUGGUCGCUCUCAACCUGUCUAGCAAUCAACUUGAGGUCAUUCCUGAUUCAAUUGGUGGACUAGAAAAACUGGAGGAGCUAAACCUUUCAAACAACCUUUUGGUGUCACUACCAGAUUCCAUUGGAUUAUUGAUUAAUCUGAAAAUCCUUAAUGUGUCAGCUAAUAAGCUAUCAGCCUUACCUGAUAGCAUCUCCCAUUGCAGAUCAUUGGUGGAGCUAGAUGCAAGUUUCAAUUCUCUGGGAUACUUGCCCACAAAUAUGGGGUAUGAACUGGUGAAUUUGCAAAGGCUUUCAGUCCAUCUCAAUAAGCUCCGUUCUGUUCCAACUUCCAUUUGUGAGAUGAAGUCUUUGCGCCAACUUGAUGUCCACUUCAAUGAACUCCGUGGUCUGCCUCAAGCCAUCGGGAGAUUGACGAAUCUUGAGAUUCUGAAUCUCAGCAACAAUUUCAGUGACCUGACGGAGCUUCCUGAGACAUUUGGUGAUCUGAUAAAUCUCAGCGAACUUGAUCUCAGCAACAACCAAAUCCAUGCUCUUCCCGAUACAUUUGGUCAGUUGGCCAAGUUAACUAAGCUCAACUUGGAAAUGAAUCCACUGGUCCUUCCACCAGCGGAAGUAGUGAAUAAAGGAAUUGAUGCUGUCAAGGUGUUUAUGGCAAAGAGGAAGCUUGACAUGCUAUUAGAGGAAGAACAUAGGAGUGCAGAGGAAGCAAACAACCAAGGGCAGAAUGGGUGGUUGACUCGCAGCACCUCAUGGUUGAAUAACUUUGUUACUGGAUAUUUUGUGGCUGGUACAAGCUCACCAAGAGACCCAUAUCUGGACCAGCAGUUAUGAUUUCAUGGUUUUCUGACUUCUGUUGCCGUGAAUUUUCUGUGGUAUGUACAGGCUUACUAUGAGAUAUCCUUUGGUUUGUUUAAAAGACUUGCUUAUUGCUCAAUCUACUGGAACUACUCUGAGCAGGCACGUUCUAACAGUUUUGCUGCCAUCGAUUUAGUUUCAAGUUUAUUAAACAUUUUUUAAUAUUCAUAAAUUCUAUGCCAAAAUAAAUGACAAGUUUUUUUCUGCAUUGCUCAUGAGUUACAUUUGCUCUCACAAGCAACUAAUCCUCUGUAUGAAAUAAUGUAUUAAGACUUUCCAAAAGAAACAAGUGAACACAAUUUGUA